AUGGCUAACUCACAAGACAAGAUUAACGUCUACAACCUCGCAGACCUCAAAAAUAAUUCCGAUGAUGCCAUUCCAAAUUACCUAAACAGCCUUGGAUUCCGCCAGUCCCAUCGGCUGAUUGAUGUGCGUCUGGCCCUUGGCUACUCCGCCUUCGCAGUGGCAGCAGCUUGCUUCGUCUGGGACCAUAAGUACGGUUUCGAGGCAACCAAAUAUCUGACGGCUGUUGCUGUUGCUGUAUACACUCUACUGAACGGCGCGCUCACGGCGUGGAUAAUGUGGGUUGAGCGCGGGACCGUGUACGUGGGCGAGGCGCCGCAGACAAGAGAGACGAUCCGCAUCUCAACCGCAACGAAGAAGAAUGUCCCGACAUACUUCGUGACAGUCGAGAUUACGCCGAAGGAUGGCAAGGGCAAGAAGCAGACAAUCGAAAUCAGCAGACCGUUCGCGGAGUGGUUUGAUGCGGCAGGGCGAUUCGUCGCCGUACCGUUCCAGACCAUGUUGGCGACUGCUGUGCCGGUUAUUGGCAAGUCAGACCCAAAGAGGGUUGCAACCAGUGCCCAAGGUCCGGGCGAGACAUCGUCAACGCCGGCAUAUACGCCCCAGAUGCUAGACCUAUUGGCUAAGGCGAGCGGAAGUGCAUCCGGGGUGACCGCUGAAGCUGUGACAGGCACAGAUGUUAAAACGGGCGGGAAACGGAGAAAGGCAUAA